UGUGAAGAGUUUCAUCUUUCGAAUUUAUAGUGACUGUAGUUUUCGUAUUUUUGCUUGUCCGGAAUUACAAAUACGCGAUAGAAUUGAAAAGAAAGAUUAAUCAGUUCAUUCGACUAUCGGCAAGGGUGUACGAAUAUUCGUGCCGGGAUUAAUCAUUGAAUAAUCGCGGUCCGUUACUCAUUACGCACGUUACGGGAAUGUGUAAAACGGCGAUACUCUUACCGCAGUGUCUGUUCUAAAUUUGUUCUUGCUCACCGAUACGAUCUCUCAUCGUGAAUUCGCGAGUAUAGAAACGAGACAGAAAGCGGGAUCGUCCUCGUUAUCAGUUCGCUUCGGAACACGCCCCACGUUGUUGAAGUAUCAAACCGGCUGAACGAACCCAACUCCUUUUGCUAUGCACAGAACGUAAUGUGUAAUUUAUUGUGCGUUCCCGUACCCCAAUUUUCGUGAAGAGUGCGACUCGGCUUAGCGAAAACGCGACGUUAAUCAAACAAACUCGACAGGAACACGAGUUUCUUCUAACCUCAAAUAGAAAAUGUCUGCGACGCUAAAACCUUAUCUGGCAGCAGUGAGGAGGACCCUGACUGCUGCUAUGUGCCUGGAGAACUUUUCCUCGCAGAUAGUCGAGAAACAUAAUAAACCCGAGGUUGAAGUGAGAGCUAGUAAAGAGCUACUUCUAACACCGAUCCUGAUCAGCAGAAAUGACAAAGAAAAGGUGCUCAUCGAGUCUAGUAUAAACAGUAUGAGGAUAAGCAUUGCAGUGAAGCAGGCCGAUGAUCUGGAGAAACUUCUGUGUCACAAUUUCACGAGAUUCAUGACAAUGAGAGCAGAGCAUUUCAUCAUCCUCAGGAGAAAGCCAAUAGAGGGCUAUGACAUUAGUUUUUUAGUUACGAACAUCCACGUAGAACAAAUGUACAAACACAAGAUCGUUGAUUUUGUAAUCUAUUUCAUGGAGGAGAUCGAUAGAGAGAUCAGUGAGAUGAAAUUAUCUAUGAACGCAAGGGCUCGCAUUUGUGCAGAAGAAUUCCUGAAAAGGUUUUAACUUUGCGAAGACGUGGUGUUAAUGACAUAGCAAUAAUCGCGACGGCCGGGUCGUUGAAAAUAACGAAUCAAGCCGAUACAAGAAAACGCCGGCUAGUUAAAAAGAUUAACCUCCUGAAACUAAGAGAGCCCUUAAUCCAGACAUCCCUGCUGUUCCUGAUAAACUGAUCCAUUUGCAAAUACAGUUUCCAACUAAUCGCCGUUAUCUCCAACCUGUGUGUAUGGGUGUGUGUGUGACGAGUAACAAGUCUGACAUACAAUGUAAGUACCGUAACCGUAUUAUAUAUAAUUUAGCACGCGCGUAAUUUGUCAACUAUACCCGGCAAUUCUAAUACAUUAUACCUGCGAAUGUUUAUUUUUCCUAUAACGGGGGGGAAAUCGAUACGUUUUGCUGGGAUCGAUUCGUACCCAACGUCGUUCUAAAAUUACAUUUAAUAUUUCCCGAGGCUUGAGAGAUAAUCGAUGAUAUACGAUGAGAUCGUGGAAAUCGCUUUACAAACUUUUCACGUUCACCUCGACGAGGAACAGUCGGGUGUAGGAUCGAGAGUUUUCGAGUAUAGAACUUCUUUUUUCACGAUCUUGUAAGCCUGUUACAAGUUUCGCAAAUUAAUCUGCCGACGAAUGUACAUUUUUACGACGUUAUAUAUAAAUAUAAAUAUAUAUACACACUAACUAAGAAUAUAUUCGCGAGGUAAUUCUAGAUAGGGUGCUCGAGUUCGGAGCGAGCGUUUCAAAUACUUUUCACUGAUCCGUGGACGAUAGUAUUUGAUAAUUUAAUACCGUCGUAAUGUUAACCGGUCGCUCUAGCACAAAUACAGAACCGGGAGGGUACAGUACCGAACCAGGAACGUAAUUGAAGGCUUGUUUUCUCGGAUGUUAGGAAUAUUUUUUAAUGGACGUGCAUUGUUAGGGAACAGAGAGGAGGUGAACACUAGUAAUUAUAAACGCAAUUGACGUCCAGCAUAUAUCGUAACGUGUUGAACAGCUGCCAAACACUAUUUAGCAUUAGUGUAUGCCGACAGAGGGACUGUAUAAUUACGAUCAUUUUCAUUAUUAUAAUAUAGUGGUUACUUUUUAUCAUGACACACGUGGUGAAAAUUCCUCACAUAUGCUAUGGGGCAUCGUGCGUUUAUACAAAACUUCUUACCUACGUCCUUUCACGUACGAGUAGCAUUUUUUUACAUUUCUAAUUUCCCAUGAAUCGAUUAUUGCAGUAGAUAGAUGAUCCUGUGAAUUUCAUAAUUUUUUAAAACCUUCGUCGUUUAUAUCGUUCGUGUGAGAGAAUAAAUUUGCUGACGCUUCGUCGAUGAAUCGUGGCCGUGAAAUCCUAUCGAAGUUCGAGUGUUUUCAUGGGAGAGACUAGGAAGAGGGUGAGAGAGAGAGAGAGAGAGAGAGAGAGAGAGAGAGAGAGAGAAGGGUGCGUAAGGUGUGCAAUUCCUUUUGCAUUUAUAAAGUUCUAUUUAUCUUAUGAAUUAUUGUAACCGUAUGAUUUAACACUAAUGUAAAUACAAAUAAACGAGAAGAAUUCAUCGUGA